CUUCGCUCUCAUCCUUUAGUGAUACGGCAUAGAUAUUUCACUCCUGUCGGUUUUCACAGCAAACCUGGUUUCCUAGCUUUGACACUUCGUAUCAGUACUCUCUGAUUCCCAUCUUCGCUUGUAGAUUAGAGUACGUUAAAGGGGCAGUGAGUUUGUUUGAUAAUAAUCCAUUAGAAUGGCUUCCAAGCUACCUCGUUGGCUAUUUGUUAUGGUGGUGGUGAUUCUGUUGGUGCUAGAAAUCUCCUUUGCGGGGGGCUCUGUGCACUCAACAAGUGAUCAGGAAGGUCGGGACUAUGAGGAAGCAAAAAGCAAGGCGAAACAUGCGCAGGAUAAAGUGGAAGAGACGGCGCAAGAGACCAGAGAAGCUUCGGAGUCGUGGGCCGAGUGGGCUAAGGAGAAAAUUGGUUUGAAGCAAGAUGAAUCCAAGGAGACUGCUAAGAAGGCUUCUGAUAUGGCGUCUGACGCUGCAAAGAAGACCAGGGACAAGGUCGAGGAGGCGGCUUCUGGAGCGGGUCAAUACAGUGCAGAUAAGGUUAGAGAUGUAAAAGAUGCGACAACAGAGAAGGUCAGGGACGCCAACAAUGCUGCUACAGAGAAGGCCAGUGAGGCAGCAAACGCAGCAAAGGAGAAAGCUAGUAAAAUAAAGAAUGCAGCGACCGAGAAAGCCAGCGAAACAAUAAAUGAGGCAAAGGAAAGAGCAACACAAAAGGUAGGAGAGGCAAAGGAGAAGGCAUCUCAGACGGCGAGGGAAGCAGCAGAUAAAGGUUCUGAAGCAGAGGAAAGAGUAUCACAAAAGCUAGAAGAGGCAAAGGAGAAGACAUCUCGGGCGGCAAGGGAAACAGCAGAGAAAGCUUCGGAAGAAACACGUAGAGUAACCGAACAGGCGGAGGAGACAAAAGACAAGGCAUCACAAAAGGCGGAGGAAGCGAAGGAUGCAACGACAGGGAUGCGGAGGAGUGCUGUGGAGGAAGCGAAGACAAAGACGCCCGAGGCGGAGGAGCACAUAAGUUGCGCAAAGGAAAAAGCGAAGGAGGCUUCCGAAGCAGCAAAAAAGAAAGCAGCAGAAACCUUAGAGACAGCCAAGCAGAAGACGCAUGAAAUUAAAGACAAUAUAGCCGGUCGAGGCCGUGAUGAUGAACUCUGAGCUGAUCCACGUAGCAGGAUAUAUUAUAUAUAUACGGCGCGCGCAGAUUUACGUUUGAUCUUCUAUUGCUGAUCAAAUUCUUCAGAUUGUUAUAUAUGAGUUUCUGAGGAUGUAAUUCGUGGUUGUGUUUCGUGUUAUUUCUCUGUUUUUGUGUAAUGCACGGUGAAAUCUGAAUUUUUAUAUGGGUUGCGUUCGAGCAUUGUGUGCCAGAGCACAUAUUUUACUUGUAA